GUACCUCCGGAGGGUUGCCUUUUUCCGCACAGCAGAAGGACGGUAUCUUUUUCCUGAACUGUGGCUGGAGCCGGCUUCAAACCACUGAUGUUCUGCGGCUGCCUACCGCUCCCCUCCAGUACUAGAAAGGAGCUCCUAAUCCCGAGCCCGGCGCGGCCCGAAUUUCAGCACAAGUUCCUGAACCUGGCCAGUGUCAGCGAUGGCAAGGUGCCCACAUGUUGCACCACAUACCCUCUGGAUCCUGUUCUUUUCAUGUGCAACAAAUGAAGUUACGGCUGCAGCACACGUGGAGGAAUUUGCCUGCUUCACUGACUAUGACAAAGAGCUGGUUUGUCACUGGAAGGUGCCUGCGCAAACGGAUUGCUCCAAAGAGUUCCUUCUCUACUACAGGAACAAAUCUCAUCCUCUGCUAGACAGUGUGUGUGUUCCUGAGAAUGGGAAGGACAGGCAGUGCACCUGCACAAUCCAUGCCAAGUUUUUUGUGUCAAGCCUGACAUACAUUCUAGCCUUGCAGUUCAAUGGGACUGUCAUGUGGAAUUACAAUGUUACACCAGCCCUGGUUGUUAAGCCAAGGGCCCCCAAAAAUCUUGCCAUUGAGAAAGCCGAAAAUGGUAAUUUCAAUCUGAGCUGGGAAGAGAGCUACUCUCCUUCAUCCAUGCUCUCUGGACAGAUAGUCAUUUAUGAAGUGAAAUACUGGAGGAAACGGCACCCAACAGAGGUUUCUGUACAAGCAAUUAACUACCAGGCUAAAAGCUUUGAAAUUGUGGCAAGCUCCCUGCAGAGCGGAUAUGAUUAUGUUGCAAGUGUGAGGUGUAAGUACCCCAACUAUCCAGCCUACUGGAGUGAAUGGAGCGAAGAAGUUGAGUUUCACUGUGGUAAGUAUUGUAACAAAUAGUAGCUUGAUAAAAGGAUGGUGUAGGUUUAUAAUCCAUAUCAUGCUCUCCUCUCAGAGGAGAGUUAUGGAAUCACCAUCUUCAUCCCUCCAAACAUGUUGUGCAUACAUCUGCAAAGGCUUGCAUAGAGACUAAACAGAACAAGGUAGCUCCUGGGGAAACUAAGAAAAGACCAAAGGAAGUUGGACCAAAGGAAGCCUUGUGUAAAAAGGGCUGUAAGGGGAUGUGUUUAAUGUACAGAAAUUUCACGAGGCAGACCCCAGGGAAGGAGAAGAGACAUUUAAAGAACAGUAUUGACAUGAGAGGAAGCGACUGUAAAUGAA